AUCAUAAGUACUUUUCACAAGGUGUUAUUCGUUAAACAUGGCUGGAAGAGUGCAAGGGUAUUGGAUUUUUUAUCUUGUUAGAGAAAUUUUGGCAAGGCUUCCACUCAAGUCUCUGAUGCGAUUCAAAAGCUUAUCAAAGCAGUGGAAAUUUGAAAUUUCCGGAGAUAAAUUCAAUAGGUUCAGAAAACAACUUAGUGUGGUGGAGCACAAGGAUUUCUGGGGCAAAGACCUUGGUGGAGACUCUCACAGCUUGUUGUAUUGAGAAUAGACAGUACCAAUAUUG